GCGCGCCCGCCUCCGCUCCGCCUCCGUCCGAGGCGCGGGCGAGGAGGCCGGGGCGGGGUAGCGCAGGGGGCAGGGCCGCGGCGGCGAGGCCGGGGGAACGGGGAGGAGCGGGGCCCGAUAAAAAGGCUGCGAGGCGGCCCCACCCCGCGGCAGGCCGGCGGGCAGGCUCCGCGCUUCCCUUCCGUCCGGCCCGCGCCGGCCGCGGGGAGGCGGCGCGCGCGGCCCGCAGCCCGCCCAUGGAGGCUUUCCCCUGGGCGCCCCGCUCGCCCAGCCGCGGCCGCGCCCCCCCGCCCAUGGCGCUCGUGCCCAGCGCCCGCUACGUGAGCGCCCAGGGCCCGGCGCACCCGCAGCCCUUCAGCUCGUGGAACGACUACCUGGGGCUCGCCACGCUCAUCACCAAGGCGGUGGACGGCGAGCCGCGCUUCGGCUGCGCCCGCGGCGGGGACGGCGGCGGCGGCGGCGGCGCCUCCCCGCCCUCCUCCUCCUCGUCGUCCUGCUGCUCCCCCCACGCGGGGACCGGGCCCGGAGCGCUGGGGCCGGCGCUGGGGCCGCCCGACUACGACGACGACGACGACGACAGCGACGAGCCGGGGUCCCGGGGCCGCUACCUGGGCGGCGCGCUGGAGCUGCGCGCGCUGGAGCUGUGCGCGGGCCCCGCCGAGGCCGGGCUGCUGGAGGAGCGCUUCGCCGAGCUGAGCCCGUUCGCCGGUCGCGCCGCCGCCGUGCUGCUAGGUUGCGCGCCCGCCGCUGCCUCCACUGCCGCCGCGGAGGUGGCGCCGCGCGAGGAGCGGGCCCCGGCGUGGGCGGCCGAGCCCCGGCUGCACGCCGCCUCCGGGGCGGCCGCCGCCCGACUGCUCAAGCCCGAGCUGCAGGUGUGCGUGUUCUGCCGGAACAACAAGGAGGCGGUGGCGCUCUACACCACCCACAUCCUGAAGGGACCCGACGGGCGAGUGCUGUGCCCGGUGCUGCGCCGCUACACGUGUCCCCUGUGCGGCGCCAGCGGCGACAACGCGCACACCAUCAAGUACUGCCCGCUCUCCAAAGUGCCGCCGCCGCCGCCCGCCGCCCGCCCGCCGCCGCGCAGCGCCAGGGACUGCCAGCCGGGGAAGAAGCUGCGCUGAGCGCCUGGGCUCCGGUCUGCCCCCACCUGACGCCACCAGGGUCACCGCCUGCCCGCUCUCUCAUUUUUGGUCUGCGCACCGUCUUUCCCUCGCUGUGGGAGAGGCCUGGAGAUCAGCAGUUGGCUCAGCUUGGGAAGAAGUCUUGGU